AUGUCUUCCGAUAAUAUAAAUAAUAAUGAUAACAAUAAUAAUAAUAUCAAUAUUUGGACAUCUGCCGAUAUAGAUCGUGUAAAGGAAGUUCUAAAUACUGGAAUAUCACCCGAUAUUCAAGAUCAAAAUGGGUAUACACCAUUAGCAGCAGCAGUUUCUUAUAAUCAUAUCGAAUUAGUUGAAUUCUUAUUAGCACAUGGAGCAAAUGUUAAUCUUUGUGAUAAUGAAGGUGAUUCCCCAUUAUUUUUGGCAGAAACUGUAGAAAUGGUACAAACAUUACUUGAUCAUGGAGCAGAUCCAUCUAUAACGAACAUUGAAGGAAAAACUCUCAAGUUAUUUUUGAAGAAGGAUGGUUAG